GAGGAAAGUGAAGCUGCUGUGAGCUGAUGUCCUGAAGGGCUUUUAAAGAGUCUCUGAGUUUGACAGGAACAUGAAGAUGUUUGUGGUGUUUGUGAUCCUCCUGCACGUUUCCCAGCAUGCCCUGGCUGUGUUGGUGGAGGUGAAUGAGGGGGAAAGAUCUGUCCUGCUGCCCUGUCAGUACUCAGGUUUACCACCUGUGGACCCCACAGUAACAUGGACUCGCAGCGAUCUCAAUCCCAAUUCUGUCCACGUGAGACAAGAAGAAACCGACGAUCUCAGAGGGCAAAACCAGCGUUACAGAGGGCGCACAUCGAUGAGGCCUGAUGCUCUGGACUCUGGAGACUUCAGCCUCACUCUGAAAAACCUCCAGCUGACUGACAGCGGAAAAUACACCUGCACACUCAGCAAUGAAAGAAAUAAAGUUAGAGUGGGAGAUGUACAGCUGCAGGUCAAAGACCAGCAAGUGGUGGUUAAAGUGGAGGAAGGCUCAGACUCCGUCAUCCUGCCCUGUAAAACAACACCUGACCUGCCUGAGAACUCAUGA